GGCAAAGGGUAACUUUUCUAAUUGAGUUUUAUUCCUGACUGAUUCCCCACUGAAUUCCCUGGAGCCUAGUUCUCUCGUCUUAAAAAAUGACAAUAUGUAUUAUAAUAAAGAGAAAAUAUAUGAUCAACUCAAUAGUAUGAGAGGGAAAUGGCCUUUAGGCAUUGCAAUUAUCUGACUUUAUUUUUCCUCUAACUCAAUUGUUGCUUGCUCAAACAUCUCAAGAAUCACUGUUGUGGCUACCAUGGCUAAUCCAACAUCCUCUUCCUUUGCCUAUCAAUGGACUUAUGAUGUUUUCCUCAGUUUUCGGGGUGAGGACACCCGCACCGGUUUUAUUGGAAACCUUUUUAAUGCCUUGCGUCAAAAGGGAAUCCACACCUUCAUGGAUGAUCAAGAGCUGAGGAAGGGAGAAGAAAUAACACCAUCUCUGUCGAAUGCAAUUCAAGAAUCUAGGAUAGCCAUCGUGAUUUUUUCAGAAAACUAUGCAUCAUCAACUUUUUGUUUACAAGAACUUGUCCAGAUCAUGGAGUGCUUGAAUCACAAGGGCAAGCUGGUUUGGCCUGUUUUUUAUAAAGUGGAUCCAUCUGAUGUGCGUCAUCAGAAAGGAAGUUAUGCAGAAGCUCUAGCCAAGCAUGAAACAAGAAUCAGUGACAAGGACAAACUGAAAGCUUGGAGGUCAGUUUUCGAAGCAGCAGCUAAUCUAUCCGGUUGGCAUUUCAAAGAGGGGUACGAAUAUGAAUUCAUUGAAAAGAUCAUUCAAGAGGUCUCUAAAAGGAUCAAUCGUAGCCCUUUAUAUAUUGCUAAUUACCCAGUGGGAAUAGAGUCUCGCGUGCAGAAGGUAAAGUCACUUCUAGAUGUUAAAUCAAAUAAUGCAGUCCACAUGGUAGGGAUUUAUGGCAUAGGUGGAAUUGGAAAAACGACACUUGCAUGUGCAGUUUACAAUUUCAUUGCUGAUCAAUUUGAAGACCUUUGUUUUCUCGCCAACAUUAGUAAAAAAUCAGUGGAGCAUGAUCUGGUACAUCUUCAGGAGACACUUCUGUGUGAUUUAGUUGGAGAGAAACACAUUAAUUUGGGGAACGUUCGAAAAGGAAUUCCAAUAAUUAAAAGUAGGCUCUGUAAAAAGAAAAUUCUUUUGAUUUUGGAUGAUGUUGACAAAUUGAUGCAAUUAGAAGUACUUGCAGGUGGACUUGAUUGGUUUGGUUCUGGUAGCAGAAUUAUUAUCACAACCAGAAAUAGACAUCUACUACAUUCUCACGGUGUUAAAAGAACCUAUGAAGUAGAAGGAUUAAAUCAUGAAGAAGCCCUUGAAUUGUUUAGCUGGAAUGCUUUCAGAAGCAAACAGGUCAAUCCUGGUUAUUUGUACAUUUCAAAGAGAGUAAUACAACAUUCUAAUGGCCUACCGUUAUCUCUGGAAAUAAUAGGCUCAGAUUUAUAUGGUAAAACAGAGUUGGAAUGGAAGUCAGCAUUAGAUACUUAUGAAAGAAUUCCUCAUGAAGAUAUUCAGAAAAUUCUAAAAGUAAGCUAUGAUGGCUUAAAGGAAUUUGAAAAAGAAAUAUUUUUAGACAUUGCUUGCUUCUUUAAAGGAUACACAGUAAGUUAUGUCAUAAACAUGCUAUAUAGUGGUCGUGGCUAUGUCCCAGAUUAUGCUAUCCAAGUGUUGAUUGAUAAAUGUCUAAUAAAGAUUGAUCAAUGUUAUGUGAAAAUGCAUGAUUUGAUUGAAGAUAUGGGUAGAGAAAUUGUACGGCUUGAAUCACCCUCAAAACCAGGUGAACGCAGUAGAUUAUGGCUCUCUAAAGAAAUUCUUCGUGUUUUCAAAGAGAACAAGGGGUCCGAUAAAACUGAAAUCAUCAUGUUACACUUGGUCAAAGAUAAAGAAGUGCAAUGGAAUGUAUCUGCAUUAGAGAAGAUGGAAAAUCUUAAAAUAUUGGUGGUAGAAAAUGCUCGCUUUUCUAGGGGACCAAGUGCUCUCCCAAAAAGUUUAAGAGUGCUAAAAUGGUGUGCAUAUCCUGAAUCAUCACUGCCUGCUGAUUUUGAUCCAAAGAAACUUGUCAUAUUGGACUUGCCUACGAGUUCCUUUACAUUCAACAAUCAACUAAACAUGAAAUUUAAGUCUUUGAUGGAACUGAAUUUAAGCGGUUGCAAAUUACUAAAAGAAAUACCUGACAUGUCUGGAACACCAAAUUUGAAGAAAUUGUAUCUUGAUCAUUGCAGAAAUUUAGUUCAAGUACAUGAUUCUGUUGGAUUUCUUGAUAAACUUGAAUUUUUGACAAUGGAUAAUUGCACCAGUCUUGAGAUUCUUCCCCGUGACAUGAACUUAACUUCUCUUAAAUUAAUGUACCUUAGUAAUUGCACAAGUCUUGCGAGUCUUCCAGAAAUUUUAGGGAAGAUGAAAAACAUGUGGGAACUCAAUUGGAGUGGUAGUGGCAUAAGUUGCUUGCCUUUUUCAAUUGGAAAUCUAGUAGUAUUUUUAUGUGCAAAGUGAGAUAUUUAUCCUUUAGUUACAGCAAUAUCACAAUCCUUCCAUCAUCCAUUAGUGCAUGUCUCUCCCUGAGAACACUUCAUUUGAAUCAAUGCAAGGAGCUACGAGAAAUCAGAGGCCUUCCACCAAACAUAAAAAAUCUUGAAGCUAUCAAUUGCGCAUCUUUAACUUGUGAGUCUAAGGAAGUGUUACUGAAUCGGAUACUACACGAGAACGGGGGCAAACAUUUCAUAUUUCCAGGAUCAAGUAUACCGAGUUGGUUUAAUUGCACUAGCAAGGGUCCAUCCCUGCGUUUCUGGUUUCGUAACAAGUUCCUGACAAUUACUCUAUGUGCUGCCAGAUUUUUUCCUUUGUACCAUCACCGUGUGUGGCACCUGAUGAUUAAUGGCGUACUACAAAUCCCAGUAAAUUAUAUUUUUAAAGAUUAUCCAAUUGAGUUUGAGACAAAUCAUACUUUCGUGUAUGAUCGGCUCGAAAUAGGAAAUAUUGAAUAUGAAGGAUUACAUGUUAAAAAUGAAUGGAACAGUGCUGAGAUUUUGUUUGUGGAUUAUGAAGGAGCAAAAGGUAUAGAAUGGAUGGGUGUACAUGUACUGGAACAAAAAACAAUCAUGGCAGAUAUUCAAUUUACAAAUCCUCACUUUUCAGUCGUAAUAAGAAAACGAAAAUACACCCAUGAUCUUCGAUGGGUGACAUUACGAGGAGGUAACUAUAUGUAAAAGUUUUGUCAAGUACUAUUUUAUAUUUGUAUGUUCUUUCCAAACUCCCAAGUUCUAACCAUUUUUGUAAUUAAAAUUGGUUGCAUGGCUUCUUACCAAUUGAUGAGGU